AUGAACAAGAUACGAGCGAUCCAGGAGCUCAACAAGAAGGAGAUCGAGCAAGGAAUCUCCCCGAACGCCUCCUGGCACGUCGACUACCGCGACACGGCCUUUGUCUACUUCGGCGGGCUUCCUUAUGAGCUCAGCGAGGGCGAUGUCAUCACCAUAUUCUCCCAGUUCGGCGAGCCGACGUUCCUCAAGCUCGCCCGCGACAAGGAGACGGGCAAGUCACGCGGCUUCGGCUGGCUCAAGUACGAGGAUCAGCGCAGCACCGACCUCGCCGUAGACAACCUGGGCGGCGCCACUAUCAACGGCCGCAUGGUCAGCGUCGACCAUGCGAGGUACAAGGCGCGCGACGACGAGGACAUGGAGGAAUGCCGCAUCGACUGGGAGACGCUGCAGAAGCGGGAGAGGCUUGAGAAGGGAGGAGGUGGUGGUGGGGACGACACAGACAUGGGAGAGGGUAGUAGUGACGACGAGGCCGCGAAGAGGAGAAAUCGGCCGAUGUUGAAGGAGGAGCGUGAGCUCAUGCUGCUGGAGCAAGACCAUGACGAGGACGACCCCAUGAAGGCCUUCCUGGUCGAGGAGAAGAAGAAGGAAGUAGAGGAUGCGCUACGGAGGGCGAGAAAGAAGGAAAGUGGGGACAAGCACAGGAGCAGGCAUCACCGGUCGCAUCGGUCCCGGAGGGAUGAGAGCGAGGACGACGGCGAUCGGCACCGGCGCAGGCGCAGAAGGCACGGCGAGGAAGACGAAGAUCGCAGGGAGCGAUCGAGGCGCGAUGAUACCCCUGUUCUUAAGGAAAGCGAUGAGGAUGGCCAACGCCGUGAAAGGCGGCGCCACGAUUCACAGACCGUCGGCGACACCGUCAUGAGGAAUCUGAGGACCACAACGACCGCAGGCAUCGAACUUCCGACCGAGAUCGAAGUCAUAGGCACAGAGAUAGGAGUAGAUCACCAUGACGGCUGA